CUGAUUGGUCGGUAGUUGGCUUUUGAUGUCUUAUUUCGGAAGUUAACCUGCUCCGGAGCAUGUUAGCCGCUCAGCACAAGUUACCAUAGUGAUUUUAACUCGGGGAGAAGGGAACCAGCUUCGUAGGACGGAGAACCCAGACAUGAAUUUGGCAGAGAUAGGUGACAAUGCCAAGAAAGGCCGGGAGUAUGCUUUGCUUGGGAACUAUGACUCCUCCAUUGUGUACUACCAGGGCGUCAUUCAGCAGAUCCACAAGCACUGUCAGUCCCUCAGAGACCCCGCACUGAAAGUCAGAUGGCAGCAGGUCAGGCAGGAACUCACUGAGGAGUGUGAGCAGGUGAGAGGCAUCAUGGGAACUCUCGAAAUCUUUAAGUCAGAGAAGCCAGUCGACAUCCUCGCACCGCUUCCACCUCAAUAUCACGAGAGGCCGGAGGAUCCAGCAGUUUGGCCUCCUCCCAUCCCUGCGGAACACAGGAAUCCUGUUGCGGUGAAGCGUCCCAGCAGUGGAGUAAAGCAGCAGAGGAAGGACUCCCCGGGUCUGUUUCAUCGCGGGCCUGUGCCCGGAGGCCGCGGUCUGGUCAACUCUAGACCAGACCGGCCGGGAUUUAGAGAUGCACGGGGUACAAAGGCCAAAGAUGAGAAGGGAAAGAAAGGAGCUGGAGAUGCAGCAGGGGAUGUAGAGCAGAAGAAGUUUGAUGGCCAAGGGUAUGACAGUGACUUGGUGGACUCGCUGGAGAGAGACAUCGUGUCCCGUAACCCAAACGUACACUGGGACGACAUUGCUGAUCUGGAAGAUGCUAAGAAGCUGCUGAGAGAGGCAGUGGUGUUACCCAUGUGGAUGCCUGACUUUUUUAAGGGCAUUCGUCGCCCCUGGAAGGGUGUGUUGAUGGUCGGCCCCCCAGGGACGGGGAAGACCAUGUUAGCCAAAGCUGUAGCCACAGAGUGUGGGACCACUUUCUUCAACGUGUCCUCCUCCACCCUCACCUCCAAAUACAGGGGCGAGUCCGAAAAACUUGUCCGUCUGCUGUUCGAAAUGGCCAGGUUUUAUGCACCAACAACCAUCUUCAUAGAUGAGAUUGACUCCAUCUGUGGCAGCAGAGGAAAAUCGGAUGAGCAUGAAGCCAGUCGCAGGGUCAAAUCAGAACUUCUAGUACAGAUGGAUGGUGUUGGGGGAGCGAUGGAGAAUGACGACCCGUCUAAGUUGGUGAUGGUCCUCGCUGCCACCAACUUCCCCUGGGACAUUGAUGAAGCGUUACGUCGACGCCUGGAGAAGCGGAUCUACAUCGCCCUGCCCACAGCUGUGGGUCGUGCAGAGCUUCUAAAGAUCAACCUGAGGGAGGUGGACGUGGCUGCUGACGUGGACCUGGAUCUCAUUGCUGAAAAGAUCGAGGGCUACUCUGGCGCAGACAUCACUAACGUCUGCAGGGAUGCGUCCAUGAUGGCGAUGCGUCGUCGCAUCCAAGGCCUGAGCCCUGAGGAGAUCCGGGCUCUGUCCAAAGACGAGCUGCAGAUGCCCGUGACCAUGGAGGACUUUACCCUCACGCUCAAGAAGAUCUCCAAGUCUGUCGCCGCGGCCGACCUAGAAAAAUACGAAGGCUGGAUGGCUGAGUUUGGGUCAGUAUAGACGACGGUACCAUGAAGACCCAUAAGGGACCACAACCUUAAAAGGAGGACUCGGAGUGGAGCUGAGUGAACUCUGGUACGUGGACCAUGCUGUACAUCAGGGAUCACGAUAAUACAGAGGUUCCAGUUCACGUCAGAUGACUGGUGCCUUUUUGAGAAAGCAUGAUGAGAAUGUUCAGUGGCUUCUCUCCUGCCCUGUCGCAUAACAUCCCCUCGUUGAUUUUUUCUUCCAAACAAUUGUCCGUGUAGAGAGAGUCAAUCAUCCAGUUGAUGACUGACGUAAGUAACUUGUUGGAAAACGAGUUAAACUUCUCUCACAACGGGAACUUUUGAUGUGUAAUAAUGUAGCCUAAUAGACACAGGUAGACCAGCGAAUGCACACUAGUUUUACUUGGAUAUCAGGCCUCAUGCAAGAACAUUGCAUUUUUUCUUACUUUUUCUUUUUUUCUCUUUGAACCUUUUUCAACCAAACUCCAUUUACUAGACAAAUCUAUCUUACAUCUACAAAUUUAGCGUAAGUUUCUUAUUUCCGAUGAAUGAAUGGCUAUCAGUUUCUCCGUUGCAUAUUUGUCAUCUGCAAAAUUCCUGCACUGUAAUGUAGAAUUAUUGCACACGACUUUUAUAACAGGAAGAUACUGGACCCCACAUGAACUUGAUUUGCACUUGACAGAAAAUUCUACACUCUAGAAAAUUGCGGCAAAUGUGACUCUAAUCGCUUUAGGACUAAUAUGUCGGUACUUCUUGCAUGAGGCCCAUGGUCUUUAAUAACUAAGUUUGAGCACUUUCAAUGUCUUUCCUUGAUGAGCCCAUGUAUUUACUACUGACUGAAAACACUUGAAGAACCACAAUGUCUGUGAGGUGAGUGAUUAUGUGUUUGUGAUUUUACGUGUUCUUUUGUUUUAUAUUUUAAAUCUAUUUCAGUGUUAGUUCCGUUGAGACAAAUAAAUGUAGUCGAGCUAAAGAAAAGAAAAUGUCCUGAUGGAUUGUGUAUUAAAUGAUACAGACAGUUAA